AUGGGCCAGCUCAACUGCUGCCGCGGCCCCAGGGAGGACCCUGAGCCCGUGCAGGAGAGUGUGCCUGUCCCGGCGGCACCGCAGCCACUGCUCCGCCACCGUGUGCGGGUGGCCCAGGGCCGCACGACGAGGAAGAGGGACCUCCUCCUCUUCAGGGAAACCCUGGUCAUCGCCAAGCCCGAACGUGGCAGCUCCCCGCGCCCGCAGCUCUGCCUGGCCCUGGCCCAGCUGCAGGUGCUGAGCGGUGGGACGGGGGCGGCUGGGGAUGGCACCCGGGAGGAGGAAGGCAAGAACACCAACUCCCUCGUCCUCGUCUGGCCCUGCGGCUGUAGUGUCGUCACUUUCCGCUCCCGGGAGGUGAAGGAGCUCUGGCUCAGCGCGCUCAGUGGGCCACCAGAAGGAGUGCAGGGAGCCCGGGUGACCCAGCUGCCCUCCAUCAAGCUCCUGCUGAAGCAGCUGAGUGGCCGCAAGGCAGCGACGACACUACACGCCAGCAGCCUGGAGAGGCUCGUCGAGGGCCAGGCAAAGGUUAGGCUCGGCCGGGGUGCCAUCCUGGCCAUCCCCACCUCUGACAGGUGGCCAGGGGCUGCUCUGGCUCAGCGGGGGCCCUUUCUGCUGCGGGGCUGCUCGGUGAGCACAGCACAUUUCUUGCAGGCUGCUGCAGAACAGCAGCCACCACCCGUCCCCUCCAGCAGCGAAGGGGGACGUGGCCACUCAGCUGGCGGCACCUGCAGGAGGAGGAGGGGGCUGACCUGGCCCUUUGCACGCCGAGGGACCUCGGCUGCUGCAGAGGCGCCCGGGCCGUCGGGCUCUGGCGCCGGGGGGGCUCUCUUUGGCCGGCCCCUGGCAGCUCUCUGCAGCCAGGACGGCACGCUGCCCCAGCCCAUCCAGGACCUGCUGGCUCUCCUUCACGAGCACGGGCCAUCCACGGAGGGGAUCUUCCAGCUGGCGGCCGGCGAGCGCGCCUCGCGGGAGCUGCGGGAGGCCCUCGACAGCGGAGCGGAGGUCCACCUCCAAAGCCAGCCUGCGCGGCUGCUGGCCGUCAUCUUGAAGGACUUCCUCCGCAAGAUCCCCUCCAAGCUCCUCGAGGCAGAGCUCUACGAGGAGUGGGUGAGCGCCCUGCAGAAGACCAGCAGGCAGGAGAAGCUGGCGGCACUGAAGGAGGUGGCCAGCAAGUUGCCCAGCGCCAACCUCCUCCUCCUCAAGAACUUGCUCAUCCUGCUCCGAAACAUCAGCACAAACGUGGCCACCAGCAGGAUGAGUGCCGGCAACCUGGCCAUCUGCGUGGGGCCAAGCCUCCUGAGCCCAGCCGAGGAGCACACGCUUCCCCUGGACGUCCUGGUGCAGGAGACGGGGAAGGUGACGCGGCUGGUGGAGUUCCUCAUUGACCACCACGAGGAACUCUUUGGGGAGGAGGUGGCCGAGCUUGGCAGCGCAUCGGCCGAGGAGCAGCCGGCACCGGCGCUGGGAGGAGGAGCAGCAGAGGUGGCCCCGCUCGCUCCAGAAAGAGAACACCUGAGGAGCUCAUCUGCGGAGAGAAGGUUGCCAGGGUCUUCUCGAGGAAGCAGAAAGCGGAAAACAACUUGGAGCGAGGAGGGUGAUGGGCAACCGGGCCGGAAGAAGGCCAGGCUGUAAAGAGAGCUCUCAGCCAUGGGCGAGUGAGGAAAUCCAAGCAGGCAACACCAACCAGAAGCCCAGGUGCCCAUUUAGUUCUGCUGCUUGGAUUCCCCGCACGAGCUCUGACGCCCGGCCUUCGAGGAGCACGCUGCAGCCCCAGCACCACCUCGGUGGAGGCGAGGAGAGAGGCACCGUGCCGCCCUGCUCCGUCCAGCAGACUGCAGCGUCACACCGCUAAGCCGCAGCGGCCCCGCACCGCCCUCAGAGCCAUCCCACCCUUCGCAGGAGGCCUUGCUGGCUCACUCACCAGCUCCGUCAGCCCAUGCCCACCAGCUGGCACGUCUCCCCAGGUGGGGAGCUGGCAUCUGAAAUGCCGAUUCCAGGGAGCAUCCUGCGCAUGGCGGUGCAUAUCGUCUGGGAGGGACACGCGCGACGUGCUGCACAGCAUCUUCCAUAUUAUAAAGCCCUCCUGGUUUUAGUUACAGCUACUCGUGCUCGGCUGAGAGGUGCCGAACCAACUUGUACCUGCUCAGUCUAUGGUCAGGGUCCAUGGAUUAGGAAACAACGGACAGAGACUCAAUUAUGAGUGCAGAAGGGGUUUCUGGUAGCCUGUGACACAACUCCCCUGACACUUCCGAGUGCCUGUUAAGAAGGUGGAUAAUGCCAGCAGAGCUGCUGCAUCAGCAACAACUUUCUUGCGCCUUCUGCUGCAGAUCAGCUCUCUCUGGACUGACGCAGACACACCCCUUCCUCUCAGUCAUGACCAGAGCUUUGAAACUAGCUUUUCCCAAAGCUCCAACUACUUCAACAGCCUCUCUUGUUUUGAUCCUCGAGCCCUGGAUGAUGUGUAAUGGUGUCGAGCUCCUUUCCGAAGGGAAGACACAAGUGCCAGGCACAAGAGGGGAAAGAAACUGCACAGCUGAUCUGCAGGUCUUGCAGGGAUUGUGCAGGAGUCACCAGAGCACGGAAAUUCAGGUGCAGCUCUCCCAGCUGGCAUCUGAA